AUGUCUGGCAUCAUCUCCUCCAUCAAUCGCUAUUUAUCAAACAAUUUGGUUGAUUGUGCUUAUAAACUUUCUCGUUUUGUUUAUAAUCAAACGCCAACUCCCGACCUUCGUUUGUUAUAUGGACAAUGUUUAUAUCGAACUCAUCGAUACGAUGAAUGUCGUGUUCUCUUAUCGCCUAUGACUCAAACGGAGCAAACCGUCAACUUGUUAUCGCUGUGUUGUAUCGAAACAAAGAAUUAUGCGACAGGGAUUUCAAGUUUAUCGCAAUACAUUUUGUCGCAUCAAUUUCCCAUUUUAUACUUUUUACUUGGUGAAAUGCACUUUGCACUUUUCCAUCGCAACGAAGCACUCAAAUGUUAUCAACUUGCAUUGUCACUUGACUCUAAUCUUCUCUCAGCACAUCUCAGGGUCAUCGAAUUGGGCGAACCAAUAUACAAAUCAGUCGUUUCAAAAAAGUCGACGACAACGCCGUCAGACACCUUCCCGCGUCGACGACUUUUCCAGUCCGAAAUUUCAUCGCAACAAACCGACAACAAUUCGUUGGAACUGUUAAACGUGUUACUCCAAUUAACUUCCGUAGUGGAGAAAUGUGAUUCGGUCUCGUCGUCUAAGUUAAUUAAAGGCGACUUUGCGUGUUGUCUGAUGACUCUCGACGGGAUGGCCCUUGCCGCUCAAAUCACUUUUCACGAACACAACUACCCCGUAACCGUCGCUAUAUGUCGGGAAGCCAUUAAGAAGUACCCACAAGCAAAUUUGAUAUACCCAAUAUAUGCAGAGACUCUCUACUUGACAAAAAACGCUAAGGAACUUCAUGCACUUGCGAUGAAAGCGGCCAACAAUAAAUGUCUGAAGGAAAAUUGGACGACACUUGGGUUUGAGGCUUUACUGUUGAAUAAGACGGAAGACGCUGUGAAGUGUUUUGAGAAGGCUCAAGACCUUGAAAAGAGUGUGUUUAAUGUUGUUUGUCUUGGCAAAUCUUUGAUGGAAGAUAAACAACAGGAGGACGCACUGAAGUGCUUUAGAAGUGCCGUGACGUUAAACCCUAAAAGUGUAACGGGGUGGUGUUAUAUAGCAAAGGCCAGUUUAUCUUUAAAAAUGAUGGACGAAGCAUUGAAAGCUGGCGAGACUGCAAUCAGUAUAGAAACAACGGUAGACAGUUUAAUGGUGAAUGUCAUUAUUUUGAUGAAGGUGAAGGACUUUGAAAAGGCUUUGAAAUACUUAGAAGAGCUUCUUAAGAUGAAUAAAAGUGUUGAAAUAGAAUUGAGACAUGUAGCCGUCUUAGAUGCUUUAGGAAAACCCAAAGAAGCUUUUGAAGAAGUGAAAAAGCUUCGUGAGAAGAAUAUGAAUGAGGUCUUAGUGAGAAUAGUGUAUGCGCGAAUACUCAAGAAGAUGGGAUUAAGCCAGUUGGCUAUUGAGGAAUACACAACACUGAAAAGUAUGUUCCCUAAGAGCGCAAGCGCAAUUCAGAACGAGAUGGAUAGACUUGGGAAAGGAAAUAUAGGUGAGGAAGUCAUCGUCUUUCCGGAGUGGAUUGGGUAUUAG